UAAGUUCCCAAUGGCUCUUCGGAACACUAGAGUUUCGUUCGGAAAAGUUUAUAACUCGGGAUUAUUCCAGCCAUUUUAGUAUAUAGUAAUGUGUGCUUCCUAAUACCAAUCUUUUAAAAUAUAUGCGUUAAUAUAAUAAUUAAUAUUUAAAUAUAUCAACUUAACUUAUUGAUAAUAUUUUAUAUUGGUGUUAAUUACACUUGCGGUAGAAAAAUACGAAACAGUUUGUGUGCAAAGCUAGUUUUUCACAGCUGCCGUUUGCCGGACUCAAAUUACACAGGUGCAAUGUGCCACAUUCGCCCAGACAAAAAGAGUCUGUUUGAACGAGACUACGUUUUCUGUGACAUUACUGCUUCCGGUCAUAAACGAGAACUCGUGAUAAACUUAGCCUGGCAGAUAAUUUUACAUCGUUAUCUAGAUAAAAGCGCGUAUUAUGAAGCAUGAAACUGCUAAAGAUCAGUGUUAAGGAAAACGUUUCAUGGAACUAGCCUUUGUCGGUGUUUUAGGAAAGAACAAAAUGUGAAAGGAUUUAUCAAACACAUGCAGCAAGCGAAAUCGUUCUCUGUCAUUUUACAAGCAAAACUAACUUGAUAAACUGCUGCUAGUAUGGAUCAUGAAGAAGUAGAGGAGAGACUUCUCCAAGAGGAUGUUGACGACAGAGGUGCCAUACCGACGGAUAGAUGCAAUGGAGUAUAUGUCAUAUUUUGCAUUCUUGGACUAGGAUCUCUGUUGCCAUGGAAUUUCUUCAUUACUGCCAAAGAGUACUACCUGUUUAAGCUGAGGAACUUAACAUUGCCAACAGAUGACAUUGACAAUCCUCAGAUGCAGACAGAGAUGCAGACCAUGUUUGAAGGAUCGGUGGCAGCUGCUGCAACUUUGCCAAAUCUUAUCUUUAACUUUCUAACUGCUGUAUUUACGCAAAAGUUACCUUUAAAAGGACGGAUGGUUGUGUCAUGCCUUACUAUUUUGGUGAUGUUUGUGUUUACACUCUCCCUUGUCAACAUCAAGACCGACACAUGGCAGCUGCCAUUUUUUGUUACGACACUUGUCACGGUUGUGAUUCUCAGUGCUGGUAGCUCAGUGUUCACCGCCUCCCUGUUUGGGUUAGCUGGAAUAUUUCCCCCCAGAUACAUGCAGGCUGCUGUCAGUGGUCAGGCUGUCGGUGGAUUGUUUGCUGCAGUGGCUAAUUUACUGACAUUAGUAGCAGGGUCAACACAGCUUCACAGUGCCUUCGCCUAUUUUACAGCAGCAACUCUAGUUUCGGUUGUGACUUUAGUCUCCUAUAUUCUCCUGUAUUACUUAGAUUAUUCAAAGUUUCAUUUAGAAAUGAAUGUUACAAUACAGGAAGAUGGGUUUGCAGAAUCUUCCCAUUCAGCUGGCAGUUUAUCACAGAGAUCUUCCUCUACGUUCCCUGUUCUGAAAAAGAUCUGGCGUGAGGGAUUAGCAGUAUUCAUCACCUUUGCUGUAUCGUUAAGUUGUUUCCCAGCGAUAUGUUCAUCUAUCACAUCACAACAUAAAGACAGUUCAGAGUGGUCUGGGAAAUACUUCACCGUCAUUGUGUGUUUCCUGUUGUUUAAUUUGGGAGAUUAUGCCGGACGGAUUGUUAGUGGCCAGUUCCAGUGGCCUAAGAUUUCCCAGUCAAGAUUGCUGUUGGUGGUAUCUUUAGUGCGUGUGGCAUUUAUUCCUCUCCUUAUGUUGUGUAAUGCUCAGCCACGUGCCCAUCUACCUGUUGUUUUUACCAGUGAUGUGUAUCCCAUCGUGUUUAUACUGCUGCUUGGACUGACCAAUGGCUAUCUGUGUACCCUCUGUAUGAUGUAUGGACCAAAAAAAGUGAUGAUGGAGUAUGCAGAGUUUGCUGGGGCAAGCAUGUCCGUGUGUAUCACUAUAGGCCUGGCAUCAGGUUCUCUCAUCUCCUUGCUGCUAGUCAAAAUGCUGUAGGACCAUCACAGAACAGUCUCCUUGGCCACUGAUUUGCAGAAUGAACUGGCCAGAUUAUUCCAGUCUUCCUUGUGCCAUUCGUCCGUGGUGCAUUGUCCAUCAUUCUUUCUAUCAUCCCGUUUGUCCGUCCUUAAACAAUUCUUGUUAGCCCUAUUUCACUAUUUUUAGGGUAAAAAAAUUCACAUGAAAGUUUCCCAUGGACCCUUUGCGUAUCAAAUUUUGCGACUGUUUGGAAAACCAACAUAGCUGACAGGUGGCCAUCUUUAAUUUGAUAGUUAAAGAUUGUUAGAACUUUUUCUGAGAAAGUGCUAGAGGGAUCUUUCUCAAGUCAUACAUGAAGGGUUUCAAUGGCUAUAAGUUACACAUAUUGAUUUUUUGAUAGUUUAAAAUUGUUAGUGUCAUUUUUAGCUCAGUUGGUCAAAAUGACUGGUGAGCUUAAGCCGUGGUGCAUCGCCAGGCGUCCAUCCAUCUGUUGUCUGUCCGUCCAUCAGGGUACAUUAGGGGAAACUGAGGUGAAUAUUUAAAACCCUUCUUUUUCUGUACAAUUGAAGGGCAUUUUAACCAAAUUUGGUCUAGAGUAUCCUUAAGUUAAAGUCUAAUAUGAAAUAUUAGGCAGGUUUGCACAGCAUAGAAGGGGGCUGCCUUUCAUCUGCUUUCAUCUCAUUAUAAGUAAACAUCUGAGCAAAUGUAGCAUGUGGUCCAUCAGUUCCCUAUCAACAUAAAUAUCAGUUCACAGGACCAUCUGGGUGCUAGACGGUCUUAUUACAAGACCUCUCCCCUUUUAGCAGGUCAUGAUUACCGGUCAUAGAAAGGACAUGCAUCCAACCAAUUAGUAAUGCAGGGGUCAAGAUUAUUCUUAUCUCAAGCUCAGCCAGUUGGGCAUUCUGACCUCCCAUAACACCACUGUCCUGACAGUAACACAGCAAACAAAGGGUCUCCUCCCCCUACCUAAUUAUUCUUAUGUCAAGCUCAGCCAGCCAGGCAUUCUGACCUCCCAUAACACCACUGUCUUGACAGCAACACAUUAAACAGAGGGUCUCAUCUCCCUACCUAAUUAUUCUUAUCUCAAGCUCAGCCAGCUGGGCAUUCUGACCUCCCUUAACACCACUGUCUUGACAGCAACACAGCAAACAAAGGGUCUCCUCCCCCUACCUAAUUUAUUCUUAUCUCAAGCCCAGCCAGCCAGGCAUUCUGACCUCCCAUAACACCACUGUCUUGACAGCAACACAUUAAACAGAGGGUCUCAUCUCCCUACCUAAUUAUUCUUAUCUCAAGCUCAGCCAGCUGGGCAUUCUGACCUUCCAUAACCGCGCUGUCCUGACAGCAACACAGUAAACAGAGGGUCUCCCCUCUUUGCCUAAUUUACAUGUGCUAUAUUGGGUAUUGGUUCCUUAAUGAUGAGGGAAAGAGUAUGAGAUCCAAUCCUAGGACCUAGCGUGGUCACAUGACAAGUGCUCUUUGUUCUAACAGUUCUAGCCAACUGCCCAGUUGUUUUCUGAUGGUCAAGCUAUACAGUCAUACCAUCCUCCACCCCCACCACCACCUUUAUUAUGUUUAUUGGUUGCCUAUCACUGUAUCAUACCUCCCUGGUUGACCCUCGGUCAACUGAAACAGCUUCACUCUUCACUAUUUGGGCCUAUGGCAGUAAACUGUCAUCAUGUAAUAACAUGGAACAUGGAUUAUUAAUGGUGCCAGUCUGCUGCUAUACACCCCAAAUCGGUCAAUCCAACUCCAGAACCUAGGGUUAGCUGGACUGUAUACAUCAACUCUAUAUGGGCCAGGGUAAGACAUAAAGUUGAACGCCAGGCCUAAGUGAUGUGACUCCUAACUCUAGCCGACUUCCGGACAUUUAAGCGACCAGGAUAGGGGGAACAUAGUAAUAAAUGUUUAAAAUCCUUCUCUGCCAGUUCAAUUUUGGGAUUUCAAAAUUAUCUGGACCAGAGCUUUCUUGGGAAAAAGGAACUCAAUUUUGUAUAAAUGGAGAGUGUGGCCCCCAGGGGGUGGGCUGAAGGGUGGGGCCCAGUAGGGAGGCCUGGUAAUAAAUGUUUGAUGUAUUAAUUCUCCGUCAGUUUGAAUUGAGGGAUUUUAAUCACGUUUGGUUCAGAGCAUCCUUGGGCAAAGGGAAUUCAAUUUUAUAUAAAAGGAGAAAGUGGCCCUCAAGGGUUAAGGCAGAGGGGCAAGGACCUUAUAGAGGGAACAUACAUAAUGUAGUAAAAAAUAAAAGUUUAAUAUCCUUCUCCCUCAGUUUGAUUUGUGGGAUUUUAAGCAAAUUUUGUUUAGAGCAUGCUUAGGUAGCCUUGUACAGUAGCGUACGGUGGCCAUGGGUGAUAUUUUUGUACAAUGAAUAACUCCUGUAAUAUUAC